ACCAGGGUUUCAUAACGUGACUGAUAAGUACUUGUUUCGUAAUCGUUCGAUUUUCAGCUACUUUGCAGGCCUGAGUAGAUUUUUCUCUUCCAAAAUGUAUCAUCAACUCAGCAAAGUUUCUGGCAGGCUUGUUGCCUCUACCCACUUGCAAAGCCCGCUCUUCCCCGUGGCGCCCGUUGCGUUGCAACGAGUGGAAGCUCCAGCCAUCCAGUACACCAGUACUCACAUGUCGACUGUUGCUGAUGCCUGCCCCACUGGCAAGACAAGGCUGAUUCCUGGAACCAACACUCCUUACGCUCCUCUCUCAGAGAAAAUCCGUCAAAGGCAGGCUCUGUUCCAGAAAGAGGAUGAUGUCCCAGUGUUCCUGAAGGGCGGUCCCUUCGACGGAAUCCUGUACCGUUUUACUCUCGCUCUCUGCAUCAUCGGUCUUGCAGGAGUUGGCCACACCAUCUUCACCCACGCUGUACCCAAGAAGUAAAUACACGAAUAAAUUAAUUACUAAAUAUGUAUUAGUUGCCUGUGUUAAAAGUGUCUCAGCACUGUAAUUAGAAAUAAACGAAAAUCAUAUUUAAA